CAAACUUACAGUGCUUGGACCUCUACUAUCUGUGGUAGUUGCUACAAAUGAUACACUGUCCGUGCCGUUGCCAUCAGGCGUCAUUACAAAGGCAGGGAAUGGUGUUAUUGACGAAGAUUGAAUGUUGAAUCCAUUGCGGCUGUCAGAUGAGUUGCAUCCGCUGCAAAUUUAUGACGACAUUGUCGAUAAAGUAUGGCAAUUAAUUGAGCUACAGCCUCAAAAAGUUUAUAACGACAUUGAGUUGGAGACUUUAGCCAAAUGGUGCGACAGUCACAUGGUGGGUGAACAUUGUCAAUCCCUGCAUUAGAUACUGAGUAUUGCUUAUAUGUAUUGUUUGAUACAAUUGCUAGAUUGGAGAGGUUGCAUUGCAGUAGUCAAAAGUUCAGAUGAAAUCGAAUGAAAUCUUUGUUUCGUUUUGAGUUUGUACGAGUGUCAGUACGUGGAUUCGACUGAGCAAUAUUUUUCUACAUGACGAUCCUUUGUAUGGCUUAAUGCAGUCGUGAGAUGAUUAGCGAUGGAGUUAAAGUUUGAAAUGAAGCAUAUUUUUAUUAUCUUCUUAUCUUUUUUUGUCAAUCUUAACAUCAAUGCAACAUACCUAUCAGCAAACCCAGACAAGCCCGUCCUCCUAUGUUUUCUUCAUCUGGUUCCAACUUCUGUGAUGGAGUAUCCUUGUACGCUGCAAACAAUUGGUUAAUCUUGAGCACCUAUCAUUGAUAUAUUGUGAAGCAUCU